CUUCAUGCCUUGUCUCACUCCUCUCCCCUCCUAAAACCUCCUCCCCAAGGAUGGCAGCCGCCUCUUUCCGCUAUGGCGUGACCAUCACAGGGGCCGUGCUGCUGGUGACGGGGACGCUGUGCUUUGCCUGGUGGAGCGACGGGGAGGUGGGCUCCCCGGCCAGCGCUGGGGCUCGCCUCUUGCCUCCCCGAGAAGCCGAAGCGGUUCCCAGCUCCUCCUCCAGCACCUUGCUCCGCUCCGUCAGCUUCUUCUGCUGCGGCAUCGGCGGCAUCCUCCUCCUCUUCGGGCUCCUCUGGUCCGUGAAAGCCAACGCCAGGGUGGUGUCCCGCCGCUACCAGUACCAUUUCCCCCGGGACCUGCAGUAUUUCACUGCGGAGCCUCUGGAGAAGUGGAACCGCAGUGCCUGGGAUGCCAGUGCCAUCCCCACCUAUGAAGAAGCCCUGACCUGCAGACCUGCUCAUGGAGCCCCAGCUUACAUCCAGCCCCCAGGGAGGAAGGAGGAGCCCACGCCGCCCCUGUACUGCUACCUGGAGGAGGACGAGAGCUGGCAGGGUGGCCGCCGGCGCAGCUCCUCCGACAGCGCCUUGUUUCGCCCCAGUCCAUCCUGGCUGGAGACCCAGCACCCUGGGGAGCCCCAGGAAACGCCUCCCCCCAGCUACGAAAACAUCAGCAUCCGGGGCAUCUGA